CUUCGGGGUACACAGACAGAUGAUCUAUAUACUGGGUUUAGAGAGGAGUUUUGGUGAUUUUGGUGGAAUUCGGUUGCUGAACGUUUUGCACCUCAGGUGGCGAUGAUGUUUGUCAUGGACCUGCACAUGGACAUCCAGGAUCUGGGCGCCUUCGACGAGGAGAAGUACACCGAGGCCUUUGCUGAGGAAGUCCAUGAAGACAGGACCCUGGUCACCGUGGUCCAGACGGAGUACCGGACGGAGGUGCGAUACUUGGUGCCGCACCUCAUGAGCGACCUACUGCUCCGCAAGGGCCUGGCGGAGGCACUGGGGGUUCCCCUCUUUGCAGUGACCGUGACCGGCGACCAAACGGGCAGCGGCCGUCAGCUAGAGGCAGAGGACUCCGGGGCUCGGGCGCUGCGCGCCUCCGUCACCACCGAGGACCCGGCCUCGGCGAAGCGCUUCGCCGAGAUGCUGGCGGAGCCCGGCAAGGUGGUGCAAGCCAUGCGCCUGCAGGGCUUGUCAGCGAUGCCCUUGGAGAUGAAGCAGAAGCCCUGGGCCUCCGUGGUGCUCCACACCAAGCUGGAGCUUAGGGGCAAACCGCCCAGCAUGGGACGACGCUUCUCCUCCGUGCUCACUCACAAGCUGGGCGUGCCAGUGGUUGCGGACACCCUUGGGGUGCGGCAGGUCCUACAGCAGGAACUCCUGGGCACCGGUAGCGAUGCUCCUCCGUCCACCGCGCCGCAUGACCACGCGCCUGACCACGCGCCUGACCACGCGCCUGACCACGCGCCUGACCACGCGCCGCACGCGCCGCCGGACCAUGCGCACGCGGCGGCGCACGGCGAUGGGGACGGCAUACCACAGCCGUUGCCGCUGCGAGCCGCCAAGGUGAACUACAACAACCUGAUGACGUCCAGCCAUCGCUUUCCACCAGUGCUACGCUAUGGCCACGUGGGCUAUGUGACCAGCGGCGGAAACCGCCGCGUGUGGCUGGACGUGGUGAUCCACGUGGAGGGCUACAAGCCGAAGCUCCACGCGCUCACGGGCGAGGGAUCCGCUGAACGCAACGCGGUGGCGCUGAACGUGGGCGCAGGAGAGGUCUCGAAACUGGAGAUCAGCCUGGUGCCUUCAGACCCUCAAGUGGAGGUGGAACAUCUUCAAGUCCGGCAGAUCUACUUGCAGAUCUUUGACAUCGAGGAUCCGCCGCGGCUGUUGGCUGAUGAGGUCACCGUGGAGAGUUGCCAGGAGGUCCUGUGGCCCAACGGCGAGAAGUUCCACCCCUCUCCGGACUAUACCUUGCCGGCUGGACUGGCGCCAGAGGUGGUCUUCGAGGGAGUCGAAGCGCAUGUGACCUUGAGGUCCAAGCAGAUGAAAGGCAAUGCGUUGGGCGCGCUCUGGCAGGGCCGGACCUUCUUCAUCUCGCUUCGAAGCCCCGGAGUUCAUCCUGCCGAAGAGGACUCAUCUUCAGGACGCGAACAACACGACGAGGGGCUUCCAGACUUGGGUUUCCUGCUGGACCUCAACAAGAACAAGAUGCUCUACAACAACCUGGGUGGCUUUGGCCCUGGACAUUUAGACGAGCCGCCCUUGCUGCGCUUCGAGAAGACCUGCGUGGUGCACGGCCGGUCCGUGGACGCGGUCUUUUCCGCCCCCCACGGAUAUCACCCUGCCAUGCCUUCGGUGAAUGGGGCUUACCAUGGCUACGCCGCUGUGAGCGUGGCUUCCGGCACCUCGGUGGACCUGCGACUCAUGUUUACCACCGCGUCCACGCACCAGGCUACGGCAAUGAUGCUUCCGCGGCUCUACGUGUCUGUCUUCGAUGAGGAGUCAAGCCCUCAGCGCUUGUCCACCUUGGCAAAGGUGGCCAUCCGCGGCUUCGAGGUUGCCCUCCCUGACGCUUCCAGCAGCUCGGCAGCGCUCACGGCAGCAAAGCAGCGGCUGACGGCAUCACGGCAAUGCGCUGUAGAUGCCAUUGCAAUGCCGCAAGACGGCAGCCGCCUCUACAUUCGCUUCAAGGAGGAGGUGACUGUGAAUGCCUGCCGCUGCUGGGUGGCCAGGAUAUCUGUCCAUAGCGGGAAUCUCACGAUGAUUGAUGAGGAGACGCUGAAUAAGAUCCCUCUGCCGCCAUGGUUCCACAGAGAGGCCACAGGGGCCGAGCCUUGGUGGUUGGGUGUGGUCUGA